CAGGCGAAAUCAUGCUUGUCAAUCAACGACGAUGCGCAGCUAUGGCUGCUAUCCUUUUCAGUGCCUGGAAUGCGCAGGCUUUUAUCCCUCGCCUUCCCGCCAACUUGUAUCAGCGCCAGCAGCAUAGCAAGUUGUCCCUCUACUCGACACUAUCAGAAAAUGUCCAGACAACCGUGGAGGCCCGCGCUAAUUCCUCUGUUGCCCUCUUUGUCACCGUCCCUGGCACGCUUACCCGCAAGGCUUACGACCAGGCCUGCAAACGCAUGAUCGAGGAAAGCAAAACGUCAAUUCCGGGCUUCCGGAAAGGCCAGCGUGUCCCCGAGCAAGUCCUUUUGAAUGCGGUGGGCGGCCCCCAGGUCAUCAUCAAUGAAGCUCUGGACAUUCUGUGCGAAGACGCACUGAAAAAGGCCAUCGACGAAUCGGACGUGAAGGCGGUGGGGCAAGCCUCAUUGGUGUCACACCCUGAGACCCUGAUCGCCGCCUUCAAGCCCGGGGAGCCCAUUGUCAUGGAGCUGACUGUGGACGUGUACCCGGAGGUAGAAUUCACGGGUCCUUACGCGGGCCUGAAGGUGCAGGUGGAUCGCAUUCCCUUGGAGAACGAGAAGGUCAAACAGGCGCUGGAAUCGCUCCGAAAGAAGCGCGUCCGUCUAGUGGACACGGCGCCUGGCUACGAGGGCAAGCUGGGGGACUCGGCCAUCGUGAACAUGCAGGCGUUUCAGAUGCUCUCGGACGGCACCCGUGGGCCCGAGAUGAGGAACAUCGCGGCGGGUGAGGGCGUGGAGGUUGUGUUGGAGGAGGGGCGAUUCCUUCCGGGCGUCGUCGAGGGUCUGGUCGGGAAGCCGGCGGGCUGCAAGGUGGUGAUCCCCGUGACUUUCCCCGAGAACAUCCGGGACCCGCAGCUGGCCGGUAUCAAAGCCGAGUUCGAGGUGGAGAUAUUGGAGCUGAAAAACCGGAUCGUUCCUGAGAUUGAUGAGCAGUUCGCCAAGGAGAUUCGACCGGACUUGACGCCGGAGGGAAUCAAACAAGAGGUUGUGGACGCCGUGAAUGCCGAUGCGGAGGAGCGGACCAAGAUGAACCGCAACAAGGCUCUGGAGGAGGCGCUGCUGGCAAUCACUCGGGCCGAGAUCCCGGAGUGCUGGAUUGUGGAGGAGACGCGGCGGAAGUUCGCCUUGAUGAUGCAAGAGAUGUCCACGCAGGGCAAGUCGGAGGAGGAGGUGAAAAAGAUGAUAACCAAGGAAAACUUCGAGAAGUAUCGAGAAAUCGCCUAUCCGCAGACGGUCAAGACUUUGAUGCUGGGUGUGGCGACUGCCAAAGUGGCAGAAGACGAGGGUUUGCAGGUGGACCCGCUAGAGCUGCAGGACCAGAUCGAUUUGAGAAAGCUGGAGGCGGAGAGACAAGGGCUGGACGAGAAGGCCUUGCGCGAUCAGCUCGAGGCGAAGCUCUUAGCAGACAUGGUCUUGGAUCGUCUCGCGGACCAGGCGGAUAUAACGUACGUGGACGUGAGCGACGAUGCUUGAGGGAACAGGGACACAGGCAGGGGGAAAAGGGGCCAGGGGGGGAAGUUCACAUGGUUGGCAAGGCAAUAGGCGACAUGCCCCGUCCAGAGGCAGGCGGGAGGCGGCACAGGUGGUUUGUAAUUGUGUCGCAAAUAUCUUUAAAAUCGAGAGAUUGAUGUCGGGAGCUGGAGCAAGAAGGAGCGGUGGAGACAGGAGAGGGAGGACGCCGUACGAGGGAGGGUCAGCACAUAAUGGGUUCUCGCAUGAGGACAUAAAAGACGAGCAUGAGGCAGGACGGCGCAUAAAGAAACACGCGUGUGGACGAAGACAAUAAAAUGCGCGAGGCUAC